AUGGCUUCGAGCUCGGAUGAUGACUUGCCCAUGUCGCGAACGAACGGCAAAGUUUCGUCUUCCAAGAUCUCGAAAGCAGACGAUAUGGCUUUAGACAAGGCAUACCCCAACAAGAGCAAUGCACCUGCGCCAGUCUCGAUUCGAAAUGGACCGAUUCGCGACGAUGAUGCUAUGGACGUCGAUGCCCCAAAUGGACAAGCUAAGCGCAAAUCGCGUUCUUCCAUAGGCAAGCCAGCAUACAAGGAAGAGAGCGACGAUAGUGAUGACGAUGGCGCUCCUUUGGCCAAACGCCGAAAGUCGACACACCGCGUACCGGUGGACAGCGACGAUGAACCGAUGAGCAAUCGAAAAGGAAAGCUCCCUCCUUCAGUUCACGAAACUGCUGGUUUAUCAUCAGAUGAUGAACCAUUGACAGUGAAGUUGGCCAAACAAAAAGGCGCCAUUGAGAAGAAGGCCGCCACGGAGGCAAAGGCAAUCAGAGCAAGCGAGGCAAGGAGGAAGUCUGCCGUCAAGCACGAAGUUGACUCUGACGACGAGCCACUCUCAAAAACCAAGGCCAAGCCGGCUGCUAAACGACAAUCCAACGGCACCGCUAAGAAGGCGAAUGGCAAGGCCAAGUUCGAGUCAGAUUCCGACGAGCCACUAUCAAAGUCGAAGAAGCCUGCUGCCAAAGCCACACCUGCAAAGGGCAAAGUUGCCGCAGCGAAAAAGAGCAACGUCAAACAAGCAAGUGAGGAGGUGGAGGGUGAUGAAGAGGAAGAGGAGGAAUAUCGCUGGUGGGAUGCACCCAAGAAGGAGGACGACAGCAUUAAGUGGACUACCCUGGAGCAUAACGGCGUCUUGUUUCCGCCUGAAUACGAACCGCUACCAAAGGAUGUCAAGCUUUAUUACAACGGCAUCCCACUGCAGCUGCAUCCGGAAGCGGAGGAGGUCGCCACUUUCUUCGGCUCGAUGCUCCAUUCGACGCAAAAUGUGGAAAACCCCAUCUUCAUCAAGAAUUUCUUCAAUGGCUUCAAGGACAAACUGAAGAAGACUGGAGGCGCCAAGGACAAGAAUGGCAACAAAGUUGACAUCAAGGAGUUUGAAAAACUCGACUUCAAGCCCAUAUUCCAGCACUUUCAGGCACUAAGUGAAGCGAAAAAGGCACGAAGCAAGGAGGAAAAGAAGGCCGAAAAAGAGGCACGAGACAAGAUGGAGGAGCCUUACAAGUUCUGCAAGUGGGAUGGACGGAAAGAGAAAGUGGGCAACUUCAGGGUUGAGCCUCCUGCGCUCUUCCGCGGCCGUGGCGAGCAUCCAAAGACUGGCACAAUCAAGGAACGAGUCCCUCCAGAGGCGGUGACAAUAAAUAUCGGGAAAGACGCAAAGGUGCCUGAACCGCCUGCAGGCCACAAAUGGAAAGCUGUUCAGCACGAUAACAAGGCAACUUGGCUGGCGAUGUGGCAGGAGAACGUCAACGGCAACUACAAGUACGUCAUGCUUGCCGCUAACAGCGCCGUCAAGGGACAGGCCGACUUCAAGAAGUUUGAGAAGGCGAGGGAGCUCAAGAAGCAUAUUGACCGCAUCCGCGCUGACUACACUCGAGAUUUGAGGAGCGAGAUCAUGGCCGAUCGCCAGAGGGCCACAGCCAUGUACUUCAUUGACAAGCUCGCUCUGAGAGCUGGAAACGAGAAGGAUACCGAGAACGAGGCCGAGACAGUUGGUUGCUGCUCACUGAAGGUUGAAAACGUAACGCUGCAGCCCCCCAACAAGGUCUUCCUUGAUUUCUUGGGUAAAGACAGUAUCCGCUUCGAACAAGAGGUUGAAGUAGACGCUCAGGUGUUCAAGAACCUGAAAAUGUUCAAGAAGGCUCCCAAGGUGGAAGGCGACGAUAUAUUCGAUCGGCUUACGACUUCCCAACUCAACAAGCAUUUGUCAAGCUACAUGCCGGGAUUGACUGCCAAGGUCUUCCGUACCUACAAUGCUUCGUACACUAUGUCAACGCUCCUUCAGAAGCUUCAUAGCAAGAAGAACAUUAGCGAUGCGGAAAAGGUCAAGAUUUAUAACGACUGCAAUCGUCAAGUCGCCAUCCUGUGUAACCACAAGCGCAGCGUCGGUGCCAGCCAUGACGCCCAAAUGAAGAAGCUAGGCGACCGCAUCCUUGGACUCAAGUAUCAGCAAUGGCGCACUAAAAUGAUGAUGCUUGACCUCGACCCGAAACUCAAGAAGAAGAAGGGUGCUCAAUUCUUCGAGCGCAUUCCCGAGCUUACUGACGAAUGGGUGAAGGAGCAUCAGGCCUUCCUGGUCGAGGAAAAGAGGGCAGCCAUCACCAAAAAGUUCGAAAAGGACAAUGAGAAGGCUGUCGCUAAUGGCGAGAAGAAGAUGCCCGAGAAGGAGCUGAAGGAGCGACUCAAGGCAGCCAGCGAGAUGGAUGCUAUGUACAAGAAAGAAAACAAGACCAAGAAGGUUUUGGCCGAGGGCCGAGGAGUCACUGUAGAGAAGCUGGAGCAGCAAGUCAAGAAGCUCGACGAGCGCAUCCGGACCAUGGAACUCCAGGCGGCCGACCGUGACGGCAACAAGGAGGUCGCUCUUGGCACUUCCAAGAUUAACUACAUUGAUCCUCGCCUUACUGUUGUCUUUUGCAACAAGAUGAAUGUUCCCAUUGAAAAGUUCUUCUCUAAAACAUUACGGGAGAAGUUCAACUGGGCGAUUCAAUCCGUUGGCGAAGACGACGAGUGGGAGUUCUAA